AUGAUCUAUGAUCGAAACAUCUUUACUUUUGACCAUGCAGACAGUAUAAUCAGCCUAUCCAAGACACUUUUGCCCAACCGUUUGGACCAAAUACGUUCCAUUCGAUUUACCUAUCAUUUUCCCUAUAAUCCCUACGGCUAUGUUGGGGAUCUUUAUGUUGACUGGCGCCGCUACUGCUCUGCCUGUGAGAUCCUUACUGGAAUGUCUCAUCUAGAGGAGUUGAUCAUCCAUCUCCACCCAGAGAAUCUUGGUCCGAAUGCGGCUGCCUUCAUUGUUCGACCGCUAGUGCAGAUCAAGCAAGCCAAGCGGUUUAUUGUGCAUAUGUUUGUUCCAGAAGGUUAUGCAGAGCCUCGGUUUGAUGAUAGCGAGCUACCGUUUAAGCUCAUUAUUCGUAAUGACGAUGGGCUGUUCCAAUCCCUGGAUUCCCAGCUCAGUUAUUUCUCUCCGCAGGCGUAUGCUACCUCCGUUGGCGCCGCGGACCUCAAAUUUGGACAGCCCUUACAUGAGACACAUCCCCAUCUCUUGGGCCCUGGUGAACUCACUCCAGGAAUCACUGCUCUUGAAUAUGCCCAGCGCCGGUCCAAACUCGCCAACAGACUCCCGGAGGGAGCUGUCGCAAUACUUGCCGCCUCCGAAGUGAAAUACAGAGCACCAGGAAUCUUCCACGAAUAUCACCAAGAAUCAAACUUCUUCUAUUUGACCGGUUUCAAUGAACCAAAUGCGCUGGCGGUCAUCGUAAACGACGGAUCUGGCGAUAAUCACACAUUCCAUCUUUUUGUCCGAGAGAAAGAUCCUAAAGCAGAGUUAUGGGAUGGCGCACGGUCUGGCACCCAAGCUGCAGCCGACAUCUUCAAUGCUGAUGAAACCGGUAAUAUCGAAGACAUCGGAAACAUUUUACCAAAGAUUGUGGCCCGAGCUACAGAAGUAUAUUCGGAUAUCCCCGCUUUCGAUGGAUCAAGAUCAUCCUUGCACCGUUACCUAUACGGACCAACAGUCGCGUCAGAGAAGCUGAAGAAGUUUGUCGACCAUCGCAAGGUCAAGCCUUUGAAAUCAAUUCUCAACGAGAUGAGGGUUUUCAAGUCUGAGAGUGAGGUGGUCCACUUGCGGAUGCUGGGACAAGCCUCCGGCAGGGCCUUUACAGACUCGAUGCGACAAACAUUUGACUUUGAGAAGGAUUUGAAUUCAUUUUUGCAGUAUCAGUUCAAGGUCAAUGGCGCUGACGGCAGUGCCUUUGUUCCUGUAGUUGCUGGUGGCCAGAAUGCGCUGAGUAUUCACUACACGAGAAAUGAUGAUGUCUUAAGGGAUGGAGACUUAGUCCUUGUGGACGGCGGUGGUGAGCUUGGAGGCUACAUCUCCGAUAUUACACGAACCUGGCCGGUCAAUGGCAAGUUCACAGACCCGCAACGUGAUUUAUACAACGCAGUGUUGAAUGUGCAUCGGAGUUGUUUGGCACUAUGCCGUCAGAGCGCCAGUUUGUCACUGGACCAGUUGCAUAAUAUCGCGGAGAAUGGACUGAGAGACCAACUCAAGCAGCUUGGAUUUGAUAUUUCCGGCAAUGCAAUGAGUACCCUGUUCCCACACCAUCUUGGCCACUACAUCGGCCUGGAUGUUCACGAUUGCCCUGGAUACUCUAGAGGUUACAGCCUCAAGGCUGGGCAGUGUAUUACUGUUGAGCCUGGCAUCUACGUUCCUAAUGAUGAGAGAUGGCCAGCUCACUUCCGGGGCAUUGGAAUUCGUAUCGAAGACAGUGUCUGUGUGGGAGACGACCAUCCGAUCGUCCUGACCCCUGAAGCUGUCAAGGAAGUUGACGACAUCGAGGCACUUCGAAGCUAG